AUGUCGCAGUACCCCCUGUCGAAUAAACUGCUCAACCAUCAUCCGCAGGAGAAUCUUCUUCCAGUGAUGGCAGUGUCCGUUCCCGCAAGCGUUGCAGGAGUGCUACUUCGGGCGGCCACACCCGGCGAAUACAGUCCGCAACCAUGCAGUGCCAGCAAGUUGACCAGCUGUCAAUCGUGUGACACCCUUUGGCUCUGCCUGGGUGGAUUAUUCAGCAUGUUGAACCUCACCCGGAAGUGUCCCUCGUCGACGCCGUACUGCAAUCAGAACGGUGGCGGAACGGCAACCUGCAAGGCGACUCCCGAUUAUCAGUGCCUGUCGUCGGUUUCUUCGGACGUUGGGUUUGCGUGCACGGGGACAGGGUUCUUUCCGGAUCUGGAUUCGUGCCAAAAGUAUUACUAUUGUGAAAGUGAAGGUGGAUUGCCACAGCAGUAUCAGUGUCCAAGUGGGCUUCGGUAUAACAGCAAGAGUAAAACGUGCCAGAGGUUUUUCCUAGGACGAUGCCAAACGGUGAAGUGUGAUGUCAGUAGUCAAAAUGUGUUUGCACCGUAUCCGCUGGAUGAUUCGUACUAUGUGUACUGUCAGUAUGAUUAUAGUUCGGGGAUUCCUACGGUGAAGAAGACGUACGUUUUGUCGUGUGGCACGGGAUCCAGGUUCAAUGCUCAGACUCAGCUGUGCGAGUUCCAGUGCAGGAGAGUUGGAGUGUACGUAAAUACUGCCAAUCCGAGUCAGUACUUCUCCUGUUCCCGAGUGGGUUUCGGCUGGCAGGCGAAGGUGUUGACGUGCAAGAAGGGGUACAUAUUUGACGAAGCAUUGAAGCGCUGCAACCGGGAUCCGGAUGCGGUGACGAAUCUGAGCACUCCAGAAAUAACUCCGACAACUGAAUUGAGUACCAAAGAAAUUCCAUCGACAGCUGAGUUGAGUACUCCAGAAAUAUCUUCGACAACCGAUGUGACCAGCCCAGAUGUUCCUCCAACAACUGAAAUGAGUACCACAGCAAUUUCAUCAACAACUGAAUUGAGUACUCCAGAAAUUUCUCCGACAACCGAAAUGAGUACCACAGAUAUUACUGCAACUACUGAAAUCAGUACCACAGAUAUUUCAUCGACAACAGAUCUGAGCACUCCAGAAAUAACUCCGACAACUGAAGUGAGUACCACAGAAAUCCCAUCGACAACUGAGCUGAGUACUCCAGAAAUAACUUCGACAACCUAUAUGAGCACCACAGAUAUUACUCCAACUUCUGAGAUGAGUACCACAGAAAUUCCAUCGACAACUGAAUUGAGUACCCCAGAAAUUUCCCCGACAACCGAAAUGAGUACCACAGAUAUUACUCCAACUACUGAAAUGAGUACCACAGAUGUUUCAUCGACAACAGAUCUGAGCACUCCCGAAAUAACUCCAACAACCGAAAUGAGUAUCACAGAUAUUACUCCAUCUACUGAAAUGAGUACCACAGAGAUUCCAUCGACAACCGAUGUGAGCACCACAGAAAUUCCAUCAACAACUGAGUUGAGUACUCCAGAAAUCUGA